CGUCAGGGCUUGGAGAGUAUAAAUAGAUCACAGCAGGGACAAGAGAGACACUCUGCUCCUGUCCUCCAACUCCAGCACUUCCUCCUCCUGCAGACAGCCAUGAUGCGUGUGGUGCUGGCGGUGGUGGCGGCGGCGGCCCUUGGGUCGGCUCUGGUGGUGCCGGACGCCGGAAAGCAAAAUGGAAAUCUGUGGGCUGUGCUGGUGGCAGGUUCCAACUCCUGGUUUAACUACCGCCAUCAGUCUGAUGUGUGCCACGCCUACCAAAUCCUUCACGACCACGGUGUUCCUGACGACCACAUUAUCGUCAUGAUGUACGACGACCUGGCCCAUAACACCGACAACCCAACUCCUGGCGUGGUGAUCAACCGACCCGACGGCCCCAACGUGUACACUGGGUCUAAGGACUACGUGGGCAAGGACGUCACUCCACAGAACUUCCUGAAGGUGCUGAAAGGUGACUCUGAGGGCCUGAAGGGCGUGGGGUCCGGCAAGGUGCUGGGCAGCGGCCCCAACGACAGGGUGUUCAUCAACCUGGUGGACCACGGCGCGCCUGGUAUCUUUGGCUUCCCCACCUCCUUCCUUCACGUCAAGGACUUCAGAAACGCCAUCCAGAGCAUGCACCGCAACAAGCAAUUCAAAGACCUGGUGGUGUACCUUGAGGCGUGUGAGUCUGGCUCCAUGUUCCUCAACUUGCCUGACGAUAUCAGCGUGUACGCUCUCUCUGCCGCCAACGCCACCGAGAGUUCCUACGCGUGCUACUUCGAUAAGAAACGCGGGACUUACCUCGGAGACGUGUUCAGCAUUAAAUGGAUGGAGGACACAGACAGGGAGGAGGUGAUGAAUGAGACUCUGGAAAAGCAGUUUGAGAUCGUGAAGAAGGAAACCAAGACCUCGCACGUGCUGCAGUGGGGUGAACGAUCCCUGUCCAAGAUGAAGGUGGGUGAGUUUGUGGGCACCAAGCAGUCACCGCCUAGCACCUACGGCCCAUUCGAGGACAUCAGUGACCCCUGCUUGGAAUCAUCAGUGUCUGCCCCAGAUGUGCCUCUCUCCAUCUUCCUGAGCAACAAGGAGGACGCUGCUGACAUGAUUGGCCUGGACUUCUGGACCAACCAAAUAAAGGAACUGAAGAGGAACCGAACAUUUGUGGAGAGCAGAAUGGUAGAGAUUGUGAAGGCCAUGACUGGGGACGAAGACCUCACAGCUAAGAUGAUGAGCGACAACCACCAUGAGAUCCACGACUACAACUGUCACCAGCAAGCGACCAAUGCCUGGAACGACAUCUGCUUUGACCUGGGACUGAACCCCUAUGCCAUGAGGAUGGUACACACCAUUGUCAACCUCUGUGAGCACGGCUUCCCUGCCAGCAAAUUCACCAGCACAGCCCAAUCUGUUUGCACCCACCACCGUAUCACUGGCAUCCAGUAAUACUGCAACACCCAGACAUGGAGGGAGUGAGGACAGGCUGGGAUGCUGAGAGAUGAUUACUGUUCCAGACCAUUACAGAUGAGCAAGACAAGACAAAACCUCCAAAAAACAGAUAUUAACAAAAUAUUCAUGUCUCAUCCUCUUUUGGUGCCUCAGUUGCUUAGUUAAUCUAUGUGAGUCACAGUCCCCAUAAAGCUUCAUUAAUGAUAUAAUACUCAUACCAGGUUUCUAAUAGUAACACUAAGCAAGCUUCCCUCCCCAUCUCUGUUGCUGUCUUACUUCUUCUCCUUUGUCUCUAACUAUUUACCUGACAGGCUUUGCAUCUUGAUUUGCUCAUGAUGACAAACUUUUGAUUGGUUGUAUUUGCCCGGUAAAGUAAUGUAUACAGAUGCAAAGUUGAAAUAUGCUCCUAUAAGAUGUCCCAGCAUGGCUGUCUCCUACUGAUUGUACAAAUCAAUAAAUCUGUAAUACUCAUUUCAA